GCGGCCAGACCCCUGAAUCUAAACAAGAACCCUGAUGCAGCCGUAAGCGGAGCCGCGCACGGUGCCCCGCCUGACAACCUGGCGGAAGGGCAUGGAGGAUCUCCCGCUGGAGACCUGCUUUCUGGUGGCUUCCUUGGGCUUGAACGUUGCCGCUUUGGCACCGCUGUCGGGCAGUAUCUAUUUCAACAUGUCCUUGACGAAGGCGUGGUAUGGGGAGCCCACAGUCGCACGGAGCAUCCUGGUCUCCGUGUAUAUGUCAACAGUGGUUGCCUCGCUUUGCCUCAUUUGCUUGCUCUUUCUGCCCAACGCACUGUAUCGUUCCAUCGGGCGCCAUUUGAGCGCUGGGCUCUUGCUCUUUCAGACUCCAGGCCCAAGGAGAGGGACACGAACGAUGAAAGACAGGUCGAGAUUCUGCAGAGUUUCUUGACGCCCUUCACUGAGCUGGAGGGGUUCCAGGGUCGAGCGCUGAGGCCUUUGGCGUGCCAUUUGGGAAUGGCCACCUUUCAUGGAAUCACCUUGGGGGUGAUGUUCUUUUCCGGAUCUUUGGACCCAGUUCAGUUGUAGUGGAUGGAUUUGAUGGACAC